AUGGCGCUUGGCCUAACAAGAGACACGGCAAAAGCGCGCACCUGGGCCGGCCCAGCUACGCAACGCCAGGCCGAGACCAAGACCCGACCACAACCGACUCCUCCGACCAGGAGGCCUAGUCAGAACCCCGACCAGAAGGGACUCGGUAAUUGCUCCAAGCUCAGAGUGCUCAAGGCUGGGUACAAUUACCUCAGUGGGACUCUCCCUGAUGAACUCUUCAAUGCUACCUCGUUGGAGCAUCUCUCUUUCCCCAGAAAUGGUUUACAAGGAAUGCUUGAUGGCACGCAUAUAUUCAAACUUAGUAAUCUGGCCAUCCUUGACCUUGGAGAAAACAAAUUCAGCGGAAUGAUUUCGGACUCCAUAGAUCAGCUCAAGAGAUUGCAGGAACUUCAUUUGGACUACAACAACAUGUCUGGGGAGCUGCCAUCAACCUUGAGCAACUGCACAAAUCUCAUAACACUUGACCUUAAGUGCAACAAUUUCAGUGGUGAACUCCACAAGGUUGGUUUCUCCAACUUCCCCAAUCUAAAAACCUUAGAUCUUUUGUUGAACGACUUCAGUGGCACAAUUCCAGAAAGCAUAUACCCAUGCAGAAACCUGAUUGCAUUACGGCUGUCUGGAAAUAAGUUCCAUGGACAGUUAUCGAAAGGACUUGGCAAUCUGAAAUCCCUCUCCUUCCUGUCACUCGGAAACAGUUUUUCAAAUAUAACAAAUACACUUCAGAUAAGAAGCUCCAAGAACCUCACCACCCUUCUUCUUGGGAUGAAUUUCAUGAAUGAGACCAUGCCAGAUAAUGCCAGAAUUGAUGGUUUUGAGAAUCUUCGGGUUUUGGACAUGUACGGUUCCCUAUUGUCGGGGGAAAUACCUCUUUGGAUAUCAGAGCUAGCGAAUUUGGAGAUGUUGUCUUUGCAAGGUAAUCGACUCAGUGGAUCAAUACCAGCGUGGAUCAACACAUUGGAAUACCUUUUCUAUUUAGACAUAUCAAACAACAACCUUACAGGAGAAAUUCCGACAACAUUAAUGGCUAUGCCAAUGCUAACUUCAGAGAAGACUGUAGCUCAUUUGGACAAAAGGGUCUUUGAUCUGCCAGUUUAUCAUAGUCCAUCACUUGAACUCCGCGUACCAAUUGCUCUUCCUAAAGCUCUAUACCUAAGCAGAAACAAAUUUACAGGUGUGAUUCCUCCAGAGAUUGGUCAGUUGGAAGCCCUCAUUUCACUCAAUAUCAGCUUCAACAACUUGACAGGACCGAUCCCCCGAUCCAUCUGCAAUCUCACAAACCUGGAGCAGCUAGAUUUAUCCAACAACAAUCUCAGAGGUGAAAUCCCUGCUGCACUGGAGAACCUUCACUUCCUUUCUGAUUUCGACAUCUCAAACAAUGACAUGGAAGGCCCUAUUCCAACAGGAGGCCAGUUUUUUACAUUUCCAAAUUCUAGCUUUGCUGGGAACCCAAGGAUGUGCGGGCCUGGGCUUAAUCACCAUUGUACUUCGGUAGAGGUCGGUCCGCCCACUGGCUCCAGAGGACUGUGUGGUAGCAACAUUGUCUUCCCUGUAUCCUUCAGUGUUUUCGUUGGAGUAGGAGUACUAUAUGAUCAGAUGGUACUAUCCAGAUACUUCGGCUAGGAAAACCUUGCUUCAGCAACGUGUCCUGGAUUGAAGAAUGAAUAUAGGCACUGGAUGUAAUCAUGCAACUGAAGCUCUCAGCAAACAACGGGAACUUUGUAAUAGUUAAUACCCAUAUA